AUGAUUCAUCAGCACUACGACCCCAACCAGAUCCUCUGGUUCUUGCGGAACUACUGGAAGUUCUCGCGCGAAGGCAUGGUCGAAGAAUGGCACCGGGUCUUCAAAGACUCCAACUUUGCCAAAAGCCAAUACCAAUGGCUCAAGAGUCGCUAUGGUAUGAAGGAAGAAUGGGGCGCCUCUCUCAACCACCCGCCCUUUUCGGGAGCCAAACCUGGCGCCCCGGGUACUGAGAACUAUGAGCCUCCCUCGGUUCCUCAGCACCCGCCGCGUGUGACCUUCCGGACGCGUGCGGACUCGCCUACCCCAAGACUGGUUACCGCGCCCGCUGCUGCCUUUCCCCAAACUCCUGCACCUGGUGCUCCUGCCACUGGCAGCCACCACCAGGGAGGUAUGCCGUUCGUUCAGACCCCUGGCAUGCCUGCCUUUGCGGCCAACUACCAGAACAUGAUGGGCCUGGCGAUGCCAUCGUCUGCUAGCCCACCUGUGCAAACGUCCAUGGCGACACCUGUACCGACACCAAGUAUGCCGGCCACUGGUGCGGGUGCAUACAACCCAAACAGUGCCAACAGCACGACUGGUGCGAACACCGUUCGUACUGCGGCCCGCAACAUGGGCAGCGGAGUUAAUGGCGCCAACGGUACCUAUUCGUUCGCCAACCUUGGGAGCCCCUUUACAUCAAAUGCUGUGGGCAUGCCCAGCAACACCACAAACCCCAUCGCGUCUGUGUUCGCUCAAGGCAACAACCCUGGCGGCGACCCCAAUGCAGGCCUGUUUUCUAUGUCUACUACAGACCAGAGUGGACAGAACAUGACGACUCCCCAGGAGACAUGGUCGGUUCCUCAAUUCCAACCGUCUUACCAGGCCUUCAGCCACAUGAGCGGAGAUUUUGCCAACACCAACUCCGCUGGGCUCGGCAUCCACCACGGUGCUCCCAUGGCAAUUUUCCAGGGUGCUCACAUGAUGCAUGCUCACGGGACGGCUCCCUAUUUCCACAAUGCUGUGCCUGCAUCACUGCCCAUGGCCAUAUCUGCGUCUAUGCCCUCAAUUUCAACCACCGCCGGUUAUGUUGAGGGCCAGCCAGGCGGCAGAAGAACCAGCGCUCCUAUUAUCAGCAACGCUAACAUCAUCGCUGAUGUGAUGCGCAAGCACAACCACCCAAACACAAGCCCUGUGGCUGCCACUGCUGUGUCUCAGGAAACGUCCAGCCCCACGAGCACAGGCAGCAAGAGAAAGCGCUCUACCGUGGAAGUGGAGUUCAACCCCCCCAAGAGAGCUAUGCUUGCUGCAAGCCCUGACCAGACCGGCUCCGAGAUUCAAGCCAUUGCCGCACCGCAUCCGUCUGGUCUAUCAUCCGCCUUGGCCAGCGGUAAGGCGACAAAGACCCGCCGCAAGAAGACAACCUCUCCUUCCAUGGACUCUCCCCAGGCUGCUUCCAAUAUGUCUGAAGAAGAGUCUCGCCCGUCGCAGAGCAUCUCUUACAGCUCGCCGAGUGUUUCCGAUUCUCCGAAUGCGGCUUUGGCUUGUGCUAUUAGUCCCACUGAGACCUGGCACGAUGGCACGCACGGUAGCUGCCGGAUCAAUGGCCCCCAUCGUCACCAGGGCGCAACGGGCAUCUUCUUCGAGAAGCUCGAAGACUUUGAGAAGGCUGCAACUACUUGCAAUAUCACAUCAGCCAUGGCUGCCCUGCCGACCCCAGCCAUCCCCAAUCAAGCCACUGCAAAGGCUUUCGAUCUUGUCUCUCGCGAAACAGACGUCAACAUGGCGGGCACUGAGGAACUUCAAGUCUUAUCACAAGCACUGCUUCAGGCACGAGUUCAGGCACCCAAUCAAGCCCCACGUGAAGUCCCUGUCCAGGCCCAGCAAGCACAGGAACUGCCUCCUGCACCACUCCAGAGCUCGGUUCCCACUCAGGCCGUGCCUCCAAAAGAGAUGCCGGCUGUUGCGCACACACGGGCCGACUCUCCCAGCCAGGCCCCUGUUCCUGCCCCGCUGGAAUCUUCUAUGGAAGAGUCAAGCAUCGCUGCUCCUGAUGCCGGUCGUGAUGGUAGCACAGAAGCCGCUGGCACCGAGCCAAGCGUCGAGCAGCUGAUUCUCACUCGCAUUGCUUCGAGUCUGCGUGAGAACAGCAACACUACUGGCACGACCGUCGCUCCUGUGACUACAGUGAACCCUGGCUUUUCAUCCACCCAAGUCGUGCCGUUGGGCAUUCCGUCAACUCAUCCUUUGGCUGCUGUGUGCCACAACGUGAUGCCGCCCAAAAGCGCCGCACGCGUCCCCUCGCUCCAGGACGCCAUUUUCUCGGCGCCCUCUGUUGACCUCGAGUCAUUCGGGUUUGACAAUACCAGCAUCACCGAGGCCUACUUCAGUGGGAUGUUGAGCAGCAACUCGGAAAAUGACGAUGUCUUCGACAUGAUUGAUCAAUCACAGUUCUAG